AUGGACUCCACAUCAGCUGCUGAUAACAUAAGGGAAGAUGCUGUGAGCAAGGUUUUGGGAAAAGACAAACCUGGACGAGUAAGGGGCUUUGGUAGAGGGAUUACAGCUAAUAAGCUAGCAUAUCUGCAAUUUAGAGACGCUAAGAUUGCAGAAAUGAAAAGUGAGAUUGAAGAGUUAAAGGGGAUGGUGCGAGAAUUAGCUGAGAAGAAGAAAAGUAAUGUUGAUGCUGAAACAUCUGAGAGUAGUGGUGGAUUCAAAGAAGGAGUCAGAGUACAAAUACUGGAUUGGAUUGAAUCAGAGGAUGUUGUUGUUGGUGAAGGAGAAUUCUGCUCUGCUGAACCGAAGUACAAAAUUGGUCGUAUACCAAUUGGUCCUAAUGCAGUGGCUAUCGUAGUUAAGUAUGCACUAAGCGCAUCAGCUUCACUCUGGAGGCCUACUACGGAUGUGUUAACUCUUGAUGAAGCUGUGGGAUACAAGAUAUCUUGGCCAAUGGAUAAAGUGAUUUUGGAUAAGGAUCCAAACUGUUCUGAAGAUUUAUCUAUGCAAAGCAAGGAAGGUGAAUAUCGAAGAUGCAAGAUAUAUGAUUGGACCAAUGAUGAGGACGAGGUCAUUGCUGAAGGUCUCGUGUGCUCUUCAAAAUCCAAAGACAUGGUUAACAACAUACCUCUGGGUCCCAAUGCUGUUAGUGUCGAAGUAGUGAAGGUGUUCAAUGAUCAAGCAUAUUUGUGGAGGCCAACCGCUGAUAUGUUCUUGAUUGGUGAUGCACUUAGCGAGAAAAUAGCAUGGCCAGUCCUAAAGGUUGAAGUCAUGCCUACACCCGCUACAGAAGUAACACCAACUAAAUGUGCAGGGAAGAAAAUAGCAUCACCUUCGAAGCCAGCCAAGAAAAAAGCAGUGAGUCCAGGCAGCACUAGUUCGACCAGAAGUCCGAAGCAGAAGUGCACUCUCUUGGAUUGCAACAACUCUGGACGUAAGGUAGCUGAAGGAAGGGUAGCUUCAACGGAUCCGAAUGAGUUGUGCCACUUUGUACCCCUAGGUCCAAAUGCAAGCAAGGUGUGGAUUGAUGUGGCUAAGAUCGGUGAUGCAAAAGUCUGGAGGCCAAAUUCAGAGAUUGAAUACAUAUCUGAUGCAAUGGGUUCGGUUGUGGCAUGGCCAAAUGACAAAAUCAAGUUUGUCUAAAAUUGUCGUCUGAAACAUUUUUCAAGUUGGUUCUCAUCGGCUAUGUAUUUCUAGUGUGUGAUCGAAUGUUUAGGUACUUUUUUACUCGGUUGAAAUCAUGUAUGAUAUUAUGUAACAGUUAGCAGAAAAAAAAACAAAAAUUAUGUGUUAUAUUAUGAUAUAAGGUUAUGUGUGAAAAUGUUUAGCUUGUUAACCCCUAUACCCUUAAGUGCAUAAUUUUACAUUAAACCAUAAGCUUUAAAAAUUAAAUCCACAGACGGGAAGACCAAAAAUUAAAAUC